CGAAGUCGGAAAGACGUACUUUUUUGGUCUAUAGAAAAUCGAUAAAAGUCCCCAGAAUGCUGGUGUAUAUUCUCCUCGGCCUUGUGGCAUAUUUUGUGUACAGAUGGCUUACGGACAAUCAGAACUACUUCAAGGCUCGAAACAUCCCAGAAGGAGAGAGGAAUUAUGGCUUUGGAACUUUCUUCAAGAUUUUCCUGAAGCAAGCUUCAACGCAGGAGCUUAUUAUGGAGUACUACAAUCGAUUUAAGAAUAAUCAAAUUGCUGGUCUUUGGGAGAUGAAUCGGCCAUUUUACUUCAUUCGCGAUCCCAAGAUUGUGAAGAAGAUCACAGUGAAAUCUUUUGACCACUUUCACGACAAGGUCAACAUUAUCGACGAGCAUAUGGAUCCUUUCCUGGGGAAUUCUCUAGUCAUGCUCUCAGGGCAAAAGUGGAGAGACAUGCGAGCGACUUUGAGUCCGGCUUUUACCGGCAGCAAAAUGCGUCUCAUGUGUGAAUUGAUAGUGGAAAUUGGCGAGCAAAUGGUUGAGUAUUUGCGAAAGGAGGCCAAGGAGAAAGGACCUCAAACCUACGAUAUGAAGGCAUUCUUUUCCCGUGUCGCUACAGAUUUAAUUGCAACAUGCGCAUUUGGCGUGAAGGUUGAUUCUCUUCAUGACAAUCAGAAUUCUUUCUAUGUGCGCGCAACAAAGCUUGUGGAUUUCACAGCGCCAAUAAAGCUCCUGAAGUUUAUAUCCUUCAGAUCAAUUCCAAGAGUGAUGAAAGCCUUGGGAAUUACACUCAACACGCGAGAUGAUAUGGAAUUCCUGCGGAAUUUGGUGAUAGACGCAAUGAAAGCGCGAGAGAAGAACAACAUUUUCCGUCCUGAUAUGAUUCACUUGUUGAUGGAGGCACAAAAGGGGAAGCUAACACAUACUAAAACCGACAAGGAUUCCGCAGGAUUCGCCACAGUUGAGGAAGCCAGUGUGGGUUGGAAGAAAUCAACGGAAAAGUGGUCAGAAAUUGAAAUUGUCGCACAAUGUUUCCUCUUUAUGAUGGCAGGAUAUGAAACCAUUUCAACUGUGGUGUCCUUUGCCGUCUAUGAAUUGGCAAUUAAUCCUGAUAUCCAGAAGAAACUACACGCAGAAAUUCUCCAGGUUCACAGGGAAUUGAAUGGGAAGCGCCACAACUACGACACUUUGCAGAGGAUGAAGUAUCUGGAUAUGGUAGUGUCGGAAGCCCUGAGAAAGUGGCCUCCGGCUCCUUUCACCGACAGAACGUGCACCGAAGAGUUCUCAAUAAACCUCAAUGAUGGACAGAAGUUUACAUUCGAGAAGGGAAAUAUAAUGUGGCUCCCAAUUCAUGCCUUUCAUCGUGAUCCCAACUUCUAUCCCGAUCCUGAGAAGUUCGACCCUGAGCGAUUCAGUGAUGAAAAUAAGGACUCAAUCGACCCAGAUACUUUCAUACCAUUUGGAAUCGGUCCAAGGAAUUGUAUAGGAUCUCGAUUUGCCUUGAUGGAAACGAAGUCUGUAUUGUUUCAUCUGCUGCUUAACUUCUCCAUUGAAGUCACUUCAGAGACACAAAUUCCUCUUGUAUUGGCCAAAAGACUCGCUGGAUUGCAAGGAGAGAAGGGAAUUCGCCUUCAGUUCAGACCAAGAGAUUUGUAAUAUGCAUUUCUUCUUGUGCAAUAAAUGUGUUUCAUGACUUGUGAUUUUGCGAGCCACAUGUUCUCAUACCUUGAUAAGGACAGACUAAAGACCAAAAGCGAUAACUUCCAAUAUCUAUAGAUAAAACAUCCACAGUUUUGGAACUUAAGCUUCGGGAAACACAUAAAUUGUGUGUGUGUGGUAAUACGUAACUAUAAAUACAUUCCGUGGGUUCUUAAUUGAAGAGUGUGU